AGGGAGAGGGUGGUUUCUCGGAACGCAAAAACUGAAGAAAGUUCUUGAUUUCGUUUCCUUUAGCAAUAGCGUCUUCGACUCUUCUUCUCUUUCGUAGCUGCUUCUUUUUUUUUUCUUUUUCUCCAAUUGAAUUUCAUGUUUCAACUUUUAUAAAUUGCACAUAUCUUGGCUCGAUUUGUUCUUCCGUCUACAAAUUCACAAAUUUUCUGUUUUUUGAAUCGUUAGAAUCCGAUUGGGUAGCUUGAAGCCUAGGCUUUGUAUCAGAGCGAUAAAUCUGUUUGUUUCCUGAGAAAGAGGGAGAAAAGAAGAAAGGCGAAUUUCCUAGGGAAUCGCUCAAUUUCUCGGAAAAAGACGGGCUUGGGAGGAAUUGUUUACUGGGCAUAAAAUUUCUGCCGGGUUUCUUGAUCUGUGCUCUUCAAUUUCGGAACCUGAAACCUGAACCUAAGGAUUCUGAACCAGAAUCAGCGGGCUCCAAUGGUGGUGACGACGACAAUAGCGCUCUACGCGAGCCCGCCGAGCAGCGUUUGUUCCGCACCGCAUCAGAUCAACUCCCAUAUCUCCUGCGAUCUCGAUCUGAAUUCCAGGACAUCGUCGUCGGCGUCCUCGACGGCCUCUUCGCCGCAGAAGCCGAUCGUCGGGGGUCUCUCUUCGCUUUUCUCCGGCGGAUCCGUCAAAUCGGCGUCGUCCUGCUCAUCGUACCCUUCCGGAGGAGACGAAUUAGCGUCCAUACGUCACGAUCGGAGCGAGGAUCUGAGCUUGAGCAGCUCGUUCUGUUAUUCUCCGAGCAAAUUCGUCGGUUCCUCGUACCUUAAACGGGACCAAAGCCCCGUCUCGGUUCUUCAUGGACCGGUGUCGUGUAGCAGCAGCCCGCCCAUGAGAAGUUAUCGCGAUCGGAACCUCGACGGGAGCUUCCAUGGUUCGUUCCGCGCGGGAGCUAGCGGACUGUUCAAUGGGUUUGUCAGGAAAGCGCUGGGUUCGUGCGUGGAUUACGAUCCUGCGGGAUUCGAGAUGGGUUCAUCAUCAAAUUCAGUUCUUGUGGAUGAGCUCCCUUUCAGCAUGGAUGAUGGAUUCGGGGAAGAUUUGAUGCAGCCAUAUGCUAGGGAUUUGCUGAGACGUGCCCAGUUGAGGCACAAGAUCUUCGAAGAUGAGUUCGUGAUUAAGGCAUUUUAUGAGGCAGAGAAAGCUCACAGAGGGCAGAUGAGAGCAAGUGGUGAUCCAUACCUGCAGCACUGCGUCGAGACAGCUUUGUUGUUGGCUAAGAUCGGAGCUAAUUCCACUGUCGUUGUUGCGGGUCUCUUACAUGAUACUAUGGACGAUUCAUUUAUGAGCUACGACUAUAUUCUCAGAACGUUUGGGUCAGGAGUUGCUGAUUUGGUGGAAGGGGUCUCCAAGCUUAGCCAACUGAGUAAGCUUGCUCGCGAGAACAAUACCGCAAGUAAAACAGUAGAAGCAGAUCGGCUGCACACUAUGUUUCUUGCCAUGGCAGAUGCAAGGGCUGUUCUGAUCAAAUUGGCUGACCGUUUGCACAAUAUGAUGACGCUUUAUGCUUUGUCCCCAGUGAAGCAGCAACGGUUUGCAAAGGAGACUCUGGAAAUAUUUGCUCCACUUGCUAACCGGUUGGGAAUCUCUACUUGGAAAGUUCAGCUGGAGAAUAUGUGUUUCAAGCAUCUUUACCCGGACCAGCAUCACGAGAUGUCUGCUAGGCUUGAGGAUUCGUUUGAUGAAGCCAUGAUUACUUGUGCUAUAGAGAAAUUGGAGCAGGCUCUUAAGAAAGAAGGCAUUUCUUAUCAUGUGUUAUCCGGACGACACAAGAGCUUGUAUAGUAUCUACUGCAAAAUGUUGAAGAAAAAGCUAACCAUGGAUGAGAUUCAUGACAUUCACGGGUUACGUUUGAUCGUUGACAAAGAGAAAGACUGUUACAAGGCUUUGGAGGUAGUUCACAGGUUAUGGUCUGAAGUUCCUGGGAAGCUUAAAGAUUACAUAACUCAUCCCAAGUUCAACGGGUACCAAUCUUUGCAUACGGUAGUGAUGGAUGACGGGAUGGUUCCACUCGAAGUUCAAAUACGAACAAAGGAAAUGCAUUUGCAAGCUGAAUUUGGAUUUGCAGCACACUGGAGAUACAAGGAAGGUGACUGCAAGCACUCCAAGUUUGUGCUUCAGAUGGUUGAAUGGGCGAGAUGGGUUGUGACUUGGCACUGCGAAACAAUGAGCAAAGACCAGUCUUCUAUCUGCUCUUCCGGUUCCAUUCAUCCCCCUUGCUCGUUUCCUUCUCACUCCGAGGAUUGCCCGUUUUCUUACAAGCCUCACGGUAGCCAAGAUGGUCCGGUCUAUGUCAUCGUCAUCGAAAAUGACAAGAUGUCUGUGCAAGAAUUCCCAGAGAGUUCAACUGUGUCGGAUCUCCUGAACAGGGCGGGGCCCGGAAGCUCGAGAUGGUCGGUGUACUGCAUCCCAGCGAAGGAGGAGCUAAGGCCGAGGAUAAACAACGAGCCGGUGAGAGAUGUAAAGAGCAAGCUGAAGAUGGGGGACGUGGUCGAGCUAACUCCGGCCAUUUCCGACAAGUCUCUGAUGGAAUACAGGGAAGAGAUUCAGCGGAUGUACGACCGUGGUCUCGCCUUCUCGCGCCCACGCACCAUGGUCGGAUGGGGAAGCUAGACAAAGUUCGUCACUUUCUCAUCCUGCUCAUAAGUUAUACUGAAAUCUUUAUUCAUGUAUAUUAGUGUUGUAUGCUUCAGAAAAUUUGUUGUACAUAAGGGGUUCUCUGGUUAUGGCAAAAGGAGCGGUGUGUAUAUAUAUAUAUAUAUAUAUUAUGAAAUUCUCAUUUUGUUGUCA